CCAUCCGACGAAAGACAGAUGGUGUUCUAAACAUCACCCUGACUGCCGCUCCGAAGUUAAAUACCACAGCAGUGUUACUGCGAGCAUUGAGUCUGAUAAUCUUCUAGCUGUUCUGAGCAAUGUUUGGUCUCAUAGUGAGCUUGUUUUUACUGCCGCGCCUCCGAGGGUAUGAUAGGGAAGCAAAUAGUCCGGGAGGUAUUCCCCGAUCCCCUUCACAGUAACAUAGACUUCGGUGUCGGCUACAACUCCAUCUCAGUGUCCAGAACGGGCACUGCUGCGGUGAACGUGACUAACAUGAGCAUCAGCUCUCGAACUAGCACUGAGAAGUCAGCCUUUAUCAGCCACACAUUCCAGAUAAAAUACUUUGAGGACAGGGAGGAUCGAAGGAGGAGUAUGGGAGGGACUCUGAGAUACAAGUUUGGUUGGAUAUAUGGGGAGUGGGACGUCAAAGUUUCUCAAAGUACUGAUGGCAGAUAAUGUGAACUUGUUGGACUCUGUUUUGACGGUUGAUAUUGAUAUUGUGUCUGAUACUGAGAGUAUUAUGGGACAGGUCCUGAUGGGGAAGCAAGGCAAGGAUCUACUGGACGCUGGUGACUUUGAUAAGUUUGUGGAGCUGUUCGGAACACACUAUCUCCGCAAGAAGAUCUACGGAGGUAAACUCAUACUUCUCCUCAAAAUACCAUGCAGGAACAAGUCAGAGAAACAAAAAGUGGACAAGAAACUAAAACAAGCAGCCGGGUACAUCGGGCGAGCUGAAGACUUCAAGAGAAAAAUAUCUGAGAUGAGCAAACUGGGACAAUACGAACUGGAGCUGUACACUUUGGGAGGUACACCCUACAGUGGGUCUCUGACUGAUCUAAAGUCAGUGUUGGACUACGUUAUAAAGUUCUCAUCUACCGUGUACGGUCAGGAUGGUUUGAGGAGUUUAGAGUUCAAUGCUCUGUGGAACUUACCGGACGUUCCCAGAAAUUUCAAGCAGUUUGUAUUCUCUCGUCAAAAGGAAACUGAAAAGAUAAUGGAUAUCUUCUCUGACCUGAGGGAAGUGGAAACUGAGAUAGAAGACAUCUCCCAGCAGAAGAAUCAGGAGUUAGGCUGGCUUUCAGAUGUGGGGUACGGCAAGCUUCAAGGAAUCGGAGUCUGUUUGGAGAAAUGUAAGAGAAGUCUGACAAAGAGAUUCGUAAGUGCUAACGUCAGUUCAGUUCACUCAGUGUACGAGGAGUUCAAGAAUAACAGCUCCGAACUGGAGACAGAAAUAGAGGCUGUCCUCAAGCGGGAGCGGAGAUACGAGAGUCUAAACAAGAUGUACCUGAUAAACACAGAUCACCUGACCUCCAUAUCCUACCAAAACUGGGAGGGCUACUCCACAGCCAGCGCCCACAACCACAUUCCCAUGUACCUGGAGAACACAACCCCAGGACCUGACAUCAAGUACCAGUACAGUUCCGUCUACAUAAAGUCCCCUAACUACCCCGGAGAAGUUAUGUGUCUAGCACGGAACUACUACGGUGUGUUCUGGAAGAGUCUGAGUUCCGUUUACCCGCCCUACUGCUCCUGGACUCUAAAACACAGCACUGAUUACAGGAAGAGGGUGCUGGAGUAUGGGGAUCAGUUUGUGCUGAAUAACGUGAACUGGCCCGGUUUUGCUAUGGGGUUAGAUACGACAGGGAACUGGGUGAUGGCUGUGUAUGAGGGUGGUAGUGAGGACAGUGCAUUGGUCUGGCAGCUCAAGAAAAUCUAAUAGUUGCUUUUAGAGAUUAUUGUACUGACAAGCUGAUGUUCUGAACUUAAAUCCUACUUGAGUUCUGAGUCUAGAGUUUUGCUAGAUGAAUUAUUUUUCCUGUGACCUUAAAUUAAAGUUCUUUACAUAUGUAGAUUGUAGUGUCUCUGUUAUACAGUUUGAUUGAUUGUCAAUUCCCAGUUCAUAUUGAGUUUAUUAUUUAUUGAACAGCUUACUUCUAGUCAUGCUCCAGAGAAACUGACCAAUCAUAUAGCUGUGUUAUAGUAAGGGAUUGUUCACAU